GGUAAGUAAGGAUACUGACAUCUGUCACCAUAAAAUUUUUAAGUCAGUGUCAAAAAACAAUUACUGUUUUUUUUCUCCUCAUGAAUAUUUUUGUUUGAACUAUUCUUUUGUGCCGCGUGAGUACAAUGAGCUAUGUGGGAUGCGUUCCUAAACCGACCAUCCCAAUCUUGUACCGGUGUUCCAACCUCCUCCAGAACCUCGUUUGGCCGACGCAAACUCGACAUUAGUUCGGUUGAAUACCAGAGUUACCUGCACAAAAGCGUUCUUAGUUUACUGAACAAUCGUUUCAUGUCUGACAAGGACAUAAAACCGAAAAAGGGAUCGCCCGCCUCCAAAACGCGCAAUACUAAAGUGAAUAGUGACGAGAAAGUUGAAAGAACAUUUGCACCGAUUUAUCUAAAGUUAGACUCCAAGAUCAAACAAGAAGCACUGAGACAGUCGAAGAAUAUGUCAAAGACGCACGAGCAUGACGCAUGCGCGUGUAACGCGCAGCAGUCGAAAAAACAAAAAAAGCCUGCCGAGAGUUUGAGUACUGUUCAGAAACCACUUUACCAAGAUGUGCCGGAAAAGUGCCCCGUUGUCACUACUGGUACUUGUAAGUGCCUCAAGCGGAGGCAAAGAGAAAAAAGUUUGAUGGAAGCAAAGGUGGAGUCAACAGGGGGUUUGGUGGAGGCAAGAGAGAUUAGUGUGAGGGAGAUAAGAAAAAAUAGAGAAAAAAGUUCGAUGGGAGAAGAAGUGGCUGCGGCACGUAGGGCGGCCUCCGGGCUGGAAUCUUCGCCUAAGAAAUAUUCCGUUUUGAUUGGGAAACAGAAAAUAUUGCCGAAAUGGAAUCCCAGCUUGAUAAGUAGAAGUUCGAGUUCAUUUCAGAAAGCGGCCAGUGGAAUAGUGGCCAAGUAUAUGAAUAAAGGCAGAUACUUUUUGUUUGGCGAAAGAGGAUCAGGCUUUAAAGCGAGAACGGGCAGACCUCAGGAUUUCUACACGUUAAGAGACGAAUGUUUGGCCAAUGGCACCCUAUUCGAAGAUCCAGAGUUUCCGGCAACGGAUUCAAGCCUUUUUUUCAGUCAUAGGCCCGACAGGCACUACGAAUGGAAGAGACCGCACGAAAUUUGCCACAAUCCUCAAUUUUUCGUUGAGGGUUUUUCACGCUUCGAUAUACAACAGGGUGAGUUGGGAGACUGUUGGCUGUUGGCUGCAACAGCCAACUUGACCCUGUACCACAAACUGUUCCUGCAAAUUGUUCCUGACGAUCAGGAUUUCUAUGAACAGUAUGCUGGGAUCUGGCAUUUUAGGUUCUGGCAAUAUGGCAAAUGGCUAGACAUAGUGAUCGAUGACCGAUUACCCACCUACAGGGGACAACUGAUAUUUUUACACUCAACGGAAGAAAACGAAUUUUGGAGUGCCUUAUUAGAAAAAGCCUAUGCCAAGAUGCAUGGGUCAUACGAAGCCCUAAAGGGGGGGUCCACGUGCGAAGCCAUGGAGGAUUUUACAGGCGGAGUCACGGAAAUGUACGAAAUGAACGCAUCCCCACCCAAUCUAUUUCAAAUUAUGCUGAAAGCUUACGAGAGGGCGUCACUAAUGGGAUGCUCUAUUGAGCCGGAUCCUAAUGUCGUGGAAGCCGAGACUCCCGAAGGACUUGUCAGAGGACACGCCUACAGUAUCACCAAGGUCCAGUAUGUGGAUAUCAGGACGCCCAACGUAACCGGAAAGAUUCCUUUGUUAAGGUUGAGGAAUCCUUGGGGCAACGAAAACGAAUGGAAUGGAUCCUGGAGUGACGGUGCACCAGAGUGGAAAUUUAUCUCGGAUUCUGAAAAGGCAAGUCUCGGACUGGCGUUCGACAACGACGGAGAAUUCUGGAUGUCCUACAAAGAUUUUGCCAGACAUUUUAGCCGCGUGGAGAUUUGCAACUUGAACCCGGAUUCUCUAUCCGAGGACGAAUUGAAAGAGGGCAAGAAAAAGAAGUGGGAAAUAUCGGUGUACGAGGGCGAAUGGGUUAGAGGCGUUACGGCGGGAGGUUGCAGAAAUUUCUUAGAUUCCUUUUGGCACAACCCUCAGUUCAGGAUAACGCUGACAGAGGUUGACGACGAAGACGAGGAGGACGGUGCUACAGGUUGCACGUUGAUAGUGGCCUUGAUGCAGAAACAUCGCAGAAAAAUCAGAAUGUCCGGAGGGGAUUUACUCACCGUGGGUUUUGCUAUUUACAAUCUUCGAGAUCCAGAUAGUUUGCCCAAACCUCUAGAUUUGCAGUUCUUCAAGUACAACGCUUCCGUGGCCCGUUCGCCGUCCUUCGUGAACCUUCGCGAGGUCUCGUGCCGCUUCAAGCUGCCCCCUGGCACCUACUGCAUCGUCCCGUCCACCUUCGACCCCAACGAAGAAGGCGAAUUCCUCCUGCGAGUGUUCUCCGAGAAACAGAACAUCAUGACGGAACAUGACAAAAAAAUUGGUUAUGGUAAAGUGGAUCCCAGAUCAAGAAAGUAUCCUUCCGCUGACGAUACAGGCAAAAAGACCCAUAAAGACCAACCGGUGAUACACGGCGCACCUUCGGUUGAGCAACAAAAAGAAACUCAAAGAGUAUUUUCAGCGUUUGUUCGUAUGGCCGGUGAAGAUGGCGAGCUCGAUUGGGAAGAGCUUAAAGUCAUUUUGGAUGCUACUCUAGGAAAAAAAUUUGCCAAACAAGGAUUUUCCAAAGAUAUUUGCCGCAGCAUGAUAGCGAUGGUGGACUUUGACAUGUCCGGAAAGCUAGGAUUAGACGAAUUUCAGGUGUUAUGGACGUCGUUAUGGGCUUGGAAGAAAGCUUGGCAAAUAUUCGACCCGAACCAUGUAGGAACCAUAAGCGGGUUCGAGUUCGGAGAGGCCAUCUCUGCUGCAGGAUACGACGUCAGCAAUAGAGUGAUGAAUGCACUGAUGCAUCGCUACGGCAACAAGAAUAGACAUAUACAGUUCGACGACUUCCUAAUGAGUGCCAUGAAAAUCAAAACGAUGAUAGAUAUUUUCGAAGAUUAUGAGGACGAGAAAACACAAACAGCCGCCUUUUCUAUCCAAGAAUGGUUGGAGAAAACCCUGUAUAAUUAAGAACACCGUCUUUUCUUUGGGAUUACGAUCUCGCCGUCUUCUAUAUCAUUGCACGAAGCGAUAUACACUAUACAAUUUUUAUAUUUAUUAAGCGAGAGAUAUGUUCUAUUAAAUCAUUAACUCAUUUUAAAA